GUCGGGACACCACGCAUGAAAACAGGAAAUAAGAAAGCUUCACCUUACAGAUCAGAGUUACUCUGGAGAAGUGCUCUGGAGUCAGUGCAGCGAUGCUUCUACCAGGGGGAAAGCACAUUUUCUAUGUUUUAUGGGUCGUCAUUUUAUUGUCACAGUGGGUGCAUAGCCAACACUGUAUCUGGUAUGGAGAAUGUGGUAAAUCUGACAUUGCUGAAAAGAAGCUUAACUGCAAUUACACUGGCCCUCCUUUACCUUUACCGAGUAAAGAGGGCCAAGAACUGCUACACGAUCUGUGCCCGAGUUAUGCCUAUGGUGAUUACCGGGUCUGCUGUGACGCCCAGCAGCUCAAGACACUGAAAGACAAUAUGCAGCUUCCUCUUCAGUACUUGUCAAGGUGUCCCGCCUGUUUCUUCAACUUCAUGUCUCUGUUCUGUGAACUCACAUGCAGUCCUCAACAGAGUCAGUUCCUCAAUGUUACAGAGUUCAAAAUAGAACCAGAUGAACAAGGGCGUAACACAACCAAUGUGAAUAAGUUGACCUACUAUAUCGGUCAGACAUUUGCCAAUGCAAUGUAUAACGCUUGCAGUGAUGUUCAGGCUCCUUCCUCUAAUGUCAAAGCCCUGAGUCUGCUGUGUGGAACAGAUGCCAGUAAAUGCAAUUCAACCAAAUGGAUUCAGUACAUGUUUGACAUCGAAAAUGGCCAAGAUCCCUUUGGAAUUGACCCUGUUUUUUCAGAUGUACCUGUGGCUGGCAUGACUCCCAUGAGCAACAGGACAUUCAAUUGCACACAGGUUUUGGAGGAUGACUCCGGGCCCUGUUCAUGUCAAGACUGCAGUGAAGUCUGUGGCCCUACCCCUGUGCCACCUCCUAUACCUCCACCAUGGACCAUUCUUGGGCUAGACGGCAUGUCCGUUAUCAUGUGGUGUAGCUAUAUCGCCUUCCUCCUUAUCUUCUUUGGAGCCUUGCUGGGCAUAUGGUGUUACCGAAAGAGGAUGGUCACAUCUGAAUAUGAACCAAUUCUAGACAGCAACCAGCCCCACUCCUUAAACUCUGAUAGCACAAAGCUUUUAGAAGACGCCACAUGUUGCGAGACGUUGGGUGAGCGUUUCGAGAACGCUCUCCGCAUGCUGUUCAGCAGCUGGGGCUCGAUGUGUGUGCGUCAUCCUCUAACAGUGAUCCUGAUCAGUAUCGUGUUUGUGUCGGCCUGUUCUGCCGGUCUGGUCUACAUGCGCAUCACCACCAGUCCUGUGGAGCUGUGGUCGUCCCCCAGCAGCAGGGCCAGGCAGGAAAAGGACUACUUUGACCAGCACUUUGGACCAUUUUUCCGUACAGAGCAGCUCAUCAUCACCACCCCGUUGAAUAAUACCAGUUCCUUUUUACCCAACUCUGGUCCACCUAUCAACUUCUCCUCUAUCCUGGACUUAUCGCUCCUCCAUCAGGUGCUUGAUCUCCAGAACGAAAUAGCAAAUCUAACAGCUGAAUAUAAAGGAGAAACCGUGACUUUUAAAGAUAUCUGUGUUUCUCCUCUGGCUCCUUAUAAUGACAACUGUACCAUCCUGAGUGUAUUAAACUACUUCCAGAACAGCCAUGAGGUCCUGGAUCAUGAGAUGGAUGAUGGUUUUUGGAUCUCAAAUGACUACCACAGUCAUUUUCUAUAUUGUGUCAGUUCUCCCACGGCACUUGAUGACAUGGACCGCUUUUUUCAUGACCCCUGCAUGGGGACCUUUGGAGGCCCAGUUUUUCCCUGGCUAGCUCUUGGGGGAUAUGAAGGCACAGAGUACAACAAUGCCUCCGCUCUGGUGAUCACCUUUCCUGUGACCAACUACUUGAAUGACACGGAAAAAUUAGGCAAAGCGCUGGCAUGGGAGAAAGAAUUUAUCAAGUUUAUGAAGAACUACGAAAACCCAAACCUGACCAUCUCGUUCAGCGCUGAGCGCAGCAUCGAGGAUGAGAUCGACCGGGAGAGCAACAGUGAUGUCACCACUAUUGUUGUCAGCUACAUCAUCAUGUUUGUCUACAUCUCACUGGCUCUGGGCCACAUUAACAGCUUUUGGACGCUGCUGGUGGAUUCAAAGAUUUCUCUGGGUAUCGCUGGUAUCCUCAUCGUCUUGAGCUCGGUGGCCUGUUCACUGGGUAUAUUCAGUUAUAUUGGAAUCCCCCUCACACUCAUUGUCAUUGAGGUCAUUCCUUUCCUCGUGCUGGCCGUCGGAGUGGACAACAUCUUUAUCAUUGUACAGACCUACCAGAGAGAUGAGCGAAGGCCUGAAGAGCAGCUUCAUGAGCAGAUCGGUCGUAUCCUCGGGGAAGUGGCGCCCAGCAUGUUCCUCUCUUCAUUCUCUGAGACUGUUGCUUUCUUUUUAGGUGCUCUCUCCAGCAUGCCCGCAGUGAGGACGUUCUCUCUCUUUGCCGGUCUGGCUGUCUUCAUUGAUUUCCUCCUGCAGAUUAGCUGCUUUAUCUCUCUGCUGGGUCUGGACAUCAAGCGACAAGAGGCAAAUCGUGUGGAUAUAUUGUGCUGUGUAAAGUUGCCUGAAAGACAGCAAGCCAAAUCAGAAGGCUGUCUGUUUCAGUUCUUUAAGAAAAUAUAUGCUCCUUUCAUCUUGAAGGAUUGGGUGCGCCCCCUGGUGGUUGCUGUUUUUGUCGGAAUGCUCUCUUUUAGUAUAGCCGUCAUUGACAAAGUGGAAAUUGGCCUUGACCAGACCCUGUCCAUGCCUGAUGACUCAUACGUGCUAAAUUACUUUGGGAAUCUCACUGAGUACCUGCACACGGGAGCGCCGGUCUACUUUGUGGUAGAGGAAGGACACGACUACAAAACAUCUGAAGGCCAGAACAAAGUGUGUGGUGGAGUGGGCUGCAAUAACGACUCUUUAGUCCAGCAAAUAUACACCGCAUCUCUCAUGAAAAACUACACCAAGAUCAGUAACGUUCCAUCGUCUUGGUUGGAUGAUUAUUUCGACUGGGUGAAGCCGCAGUCCUCCUGCUGCAGAUAUUAUAACUCUACUGGAGCUUUCUGCAAUGCUUCAGUGGUGAAUACGACCUGUAUUCACUGCAGGCCUAUGACCCCCAGCGGGAAGCAGAGGCCUAAUGGUACUGAAUUCAUGCAGUUUCUCCCCAUGUUUAUCAUAGACAACCCAAACAUUAAGUGUGGAAAAGGUGGUCAUGCUGCGUACGGCACUGCUGUUGAUCUAAAAGACAAUAAUACAGAUGUUGGCGCAACCUAUUUCAUGACCUAUCACACCAUCCUUAAAACGUCGACUGACUAUAUUGAUGCCAUGAGAAUGGCACGAGAGAUUACCGACAACAUCACUCAGGCAAUUGGACCACAGGACAAGAGUUACCGCGUCUUCCCCUACAGUGUUUUCUACGUCUUUUACGAACAAUACCUCACAAUCAUCAAAGACACUGCUUUUAACCUUGGUGUGUCACUGGCAGCCAUUUUUGUGGUGUCUACCGUGCUUUUGGGUUUUGACUUUUGGUCUGCCGGACUGGUGUCCUUCACCAUCGCCAUGAUCCUGAUCAACAUGUUUGGAGUAAUGUGGCUGUGGAAUAUCAGCCUUAAUGCCGUGUCAUUAGUCAACCUUGUAAUGAGCUGUGGUAUAUCGGUGGAGUUCUGCAGUCACAUUGUGAGAGCUUUCUCAGUCAGCACCAAGAGCUCGAGGGUGGAGCGGGCAGAGGAAGCGCUGGCACAUAUGGGCAGCUCUGUGUUCAGUGGAAUCACUCUCACGAAAUUUGGUGGCAUCUUGAUUCUUGCCCUGUCCAAAUCCCAGAUCUUCCAGGUCUUCUACUUCCGCAUGUAUCUGGCUAUAGUUCUGCUGGGAGCCACUCAUGGCCUCAUCUUCCUACCUGUGUUGCUCAGUUACGCAGGUCCAUCUGCAAAUAAAGCAAAAGUUAUGGCUGCUCACAAAAGGCUUGUUGGCACAGAGAGAGAGCGACUCAUCUACUAAAAGCUCUAAGAAACUAAACAACUGUGUUAAACCCAGUCGCUGCAUCCUCAUCAAUACGUUACACCAAAGGUAACACGUUAACUGACUGACCUAACUCAGGACCCCCGGCCCUUGUUUGCGUGUACCAGAAAGCCUUCUUCCACAGCAUUUCUCCUCAACCUGAUGUCCGCUGUGUGUUUAUUUGUCCACACAGUAGUUCCUCAUCCUCUGAAGGACAGACUUGGAAAAGCCUUUCAGUAUUGAAAUUGUGCAGUAAAGACUAAUGCAAAACGUACAUGCAGUACUUCUAACCACAUAUUACACAGUCACAUUGUUUUUCAAUGUAUAUAUAAAAUUUUUCACUAAUCAUUUUUUAUUUAUUUGUGUUAUUUUUUUUCCUUUUUUGUUAAUUUUAUUUCAUGUAAUUACUGUCAAAGUCACAAAUAAUGAAAGAACCGUCAAAGAGAAACUCGACAAUGAGCCACGGUGGACAAUCUCUGAUGAUUUAUUGUGAUGCUUUGAUAAGAAUAACAUGUUACAAUUGUUAGUUGUUUACUGUUAGCACUAGUUUUCAGGCAGUUAAACACUUUACACAAAGUCGGGUUAAUGGGUUGCAAUGGGAGAAAUAAUAAACUGUUAAGGUUUUUAUGUUUACUUUUGUACUGCAUUAAUAAGCAUUGAAAUGCUAAGAAAGGGAGAGCUAGCAUAGAUUUAGUGACCUGAGAUUUAUUUAAUCUAAACAACCCUCGCUUUUGCAUUCCUUUGGAUUUGGACUGGACAUCUGAGUUACUAAAACACACUGUAGCUGCUACACGUGUCGAUUACCUCAAACAUGUGGUGAGGAUAACACUGUUAGAUUUUACCAAUAAAAGAACUAGUUAUUCGUAUUCAUUUGGCUUUACUAUGUUUGCAUAGACCAGUAAAUAUGUAUUUUAUGAAGUUAUGUUGGUAUUGGUAUGGACUAAGGAGAAUAUUUUAUUUUCCUAAAUAAUAGAAAGGUCUUAAAAACGGGAGUUUAUGAAGAGUUAUCCAUGUUUUUUUUUUUUUUAAAAAGAAGUAUCGAUCAUAUUUGAUUUACAUCUCCAAGUUGUUUGAUUUCCUUUGUUGAUAACCGUCCUUAAUUUGGACACUUUUAAAAAUAAAAAAUAAAAUAUACAUUACUAAUU